CGCAUUCUGACCGAUACUCCGCUGUUCACCCACGGCCUGACCAACCUGACACAAUCCACCGACUCAUUUCUGCUUUGGUUGACAAGGUCUCGACUGUUCAUCCGCUUGCGCGACAGCAGCUUCGCAGCAACGCGCCGCCCAGACUGAAGGCACAGCGAGACCGAGUGCUUCGCAGGAAGGGCUCUCUGUGGCUCACGAUCUUUAUCACUCGGAGAUACUUAACGAUACGGGAGUUUGGACCACUCACGAGCAGCAAGUGUUUUACGUUUCUUUCUUUAAUCUGGCACCGGGCUCAGAGAGCGCUGCUUUUACGCACAUCAAAAAGGAGAGCGGAGUGUGGGCGCAUCCGCCUGCCGCCACCAUGUCCGCGGCCACAGCCUCAGUAGCAGAUGUGAGAUUAGAGAAUAAAGAAGACAGCCGUACCCGCAGCGACUCAGGUCGUGCGCAGGCUCAGUGCACGCCGAGGCCCCUGCCGGCCGUGGGCACCCAAAGGAUCAUCCAGGGCAACGGGACCAAUGUGGGCACAGUCAUUUCCCUGCAGUGUCCGGCUAAACACAAGCUGGUGGGCAAAGAUCUGACGUGCAUCAUGGGUACCAACAGCACCCGAUGGGUGGGGGAGACCUUCUGUCAGCCUCUGACCCCCUACGAGGACUACGGUUUCCGUGUGGCCGUCCUGGCGUCCAUCAUAAGCACGGGAAUAAUCCUGCUCAUGUCUGUGGCCUUCAUCACCUGCUGUUUGCUUGACUGCAUUGAAGAGGAUGAAAACAAAAGGAAUGGAAGAGAGCCUGACGGUCAUCGCUGGGAGGGUCAGGACCAGCGGCAGCGGGACAACGGGUCUCAUUACGGUCACAAAGGCCGGAACAACAACAAUAACAACGCAGAGGAGAAGAUGCUGCCCUGGAGGGAAACUGCAAACCCAGCCCUGAGGGACAACAUCCGGCCCUGCAGGUGCCAGCAGCAGUACACCCACAGUACCCCUCUGCCUCCACUUGCUGCUCUUCCUGGACAGGACUAUGACCAGCCUCUCUUAGCCCAAAAGCUGUCCACUUGUCCACCCGAGUACCCUGGACCUCCACUCUCCUCCUGUCAAGCUGCCAACUCUGGACAGGUCCACUUCUCAGCGGUGGGGCCGGGGCUGGUAUGGCAGUAUGGCGGACAACGCUGCGACAUAUCUGAAGUCAACCCAGCCAUCGCAAGGAAUAUAAACACAAACGGGAAUAUAAACCCUAAGGAGGUUUCCAUCAGGAUCAUAUCAGUGUGAGGAUGCAUUGCUGACUGAGUAGAUCUGAGGACUUUAUUUUGGCCAUUCAUGUGUAAACCACCUUCAGCUCAAAUUUUGUGCAAAAAGACUAAAAAAAAAAAAAAAAAAAAAACACAACACUUGUGCGACAGGUAUACAGCAUGUGGCGUAAAUCAAACUGCGAUAGCACACUGCCCCCUGGUGGAAACUUGGAGUCAAUGCACUUUUAGUACACCUGCCAUGCUGGAGAGGCAGACUUGUUGACAUCGAAUGAUGAAAAAAAAAGCAACUACUUCAUGCUUGAAAAACAAAAACCCUUACUCUAAAGUUAAAGGUGUUUACUGGAAAACAACUCUCAACGUACUGGACUCAGUUUUGGAGAUGUGCUGUUUUCUUUUUUUAAAACAUGGCUGCAGCCGAUAUGUUAAUAAUUCCAAUAAAGUGAAUAAUUUUCAAAA